CCCCGCUAUGCUUGUGUGGUGGUGUGGUAUUUGCUAUGUGUUUGUUUAAAGGGGCGUAUAGGCUGCUACAGUAAUCUGUCCGUCUUUACCCCCUCUUUCUUCUUUUUAAAAGUUCAUUACCAUUACCAGAGGCGCGUCGUAGGGGUUAAUUUAAUGCCGAGUUGGGGAGCGUCAGGGCGCACACAGUGGACUUGUUGUGUCGUUCACUCCUGCAGAGGCGAUGCCCUUUUGUAGAGAGGUCUCUUGUCACACAGAGGACAGACGGCAUUUACAACCGGGACACAAAGAGAACAACUGCAUUUUAAAAAGCUCCAUUAUUUCCCCGCAACCGCUGGGUGCUGACUGUGGGUGUUUGAGAAGAUCUUUGUUGCCCGGAGAAAAGUAGAGAAGAAGAAUACGCGCCGUGAACGGGUUGGGGGAAUUUUUAUAGACAGGGUUACUACAGUGCAGCCGUCAUCCACUUCUCCGACCACCUAUGUUUGCUUUCCCGGAGUCUUGUUUUGGAUGAAGAGCUGAACUUUUACGCAUUGUUUUUACGCACUGAUUGUGCCUGUGCCGGACACUGUCAUAAUGAACUUUCUCUCCGCGGUACAUGCGGCAUAGCGUUUUGAGCCGGAUCAUUAACUUCAAGAAGAAGUCGUUUUGUGGAUAUCAGCCUAAAGGAUGCCAGUUGAUAAAUUCGCAAACAUGGAGGAAAAACUGUGGAUAUUGGAGGACCUCAAUAUGAUGUAUAUUCGUCAAAUUGCACUCAGUUUACAGGACAGCGACAUCCAGAAGAAGAUUGAUCAUGAGAUCCGAAUGCGCGACGGGGCCUGCAAGCUGCUGGCCGCCUGCUCCCAGAAAGACCAGGCGUUGGAGGCGGCGAAGAGCCUGCAGACCUGCAGCACUCGUAUCAUGGCCUACAUGUCGGAGCUGCAGAGGAUGAAGGAGGCUCAGGUCAUGCAGAAGGUCACGCGGAGGUCGUCGGACGCGGGGCCGAUGGACGACAGACUCCCAUGCAAAGGAAAAGUUGCCAUCUCAGAUCUUCGGAUCCCUCUCAUGUGGAAAGACACAGAGUACUUCAAGAACAAAGGAGAGCUUCAUCGGUGUGCAGUGUUCUGCCUGCUGCAGCUAGGAGGAGAGAUCUUUGACACAGACAUGGUGAUAGUGGACCGGACUCUCACCGAUAUUUGCUUUGACAACACCAUUGUAUUUAAUGAAGCCAGCCCGGGGUUUGAGAUGCGUGUUGAGCUGUAUAGCUGCUGCUCGGAGGACGACUACUCAGCAGGGAGCACGCCAAGGAAACUAGCCAGUAAACUGAGCUCGUCGCUGGGGCGAUCAGCUGGGAAGAAGUUCCGGGCAGCCAUGGAGCCUGGGCCAUGUAGUCCUGUUAGUAACGGAGGGGCAACUCCUCUUCUGCUGCCAGUUCCCUCUGUACCGGGCCCAAAGUACCACCUCUUAGCUCAUACCACCAUGUCACUGUCACACGUCCAGGACAGUUUUCGCACACAUGACCUCACCAUCUCAGGCAACGAAGAGUGUUCGUAUUGGCUGCCGCUCUAUGGCAGUAUGUGUUGCCGCCUCGCAGCUCAGCCUCGCUGUAUGACCCAACAGAUGAUGAGUGGAUGCUUGAAAGUGAAGCAGUUGGGAGGUGACCCUCAGAGUUGGACAAAAGUGUACGCCGUAUUAAAGGGAACAAGCCUUUUUUGCUACCACCGGCAAGAAGACGUAGAGGCUAACGUUGAGCCAGCUUUCACCAUUGCCAUCAACAAGGAGACCAGAAUACGUGCGUCAGAGAAAGACCCUCAAAGUAAAGUUCAGAAUAUCUGUAUCAGUAACCAGUACGGGGGUGAGGAGGUCACACACACACUGACAACUGACAGCCGUGAGGACACACACCGGUGGAUGGAGGCCUUUUGGCAGCAUUUCUAUGACAUGAGCCAAUGGAAACAGUGCUGUGAUGACUUAAUGAAAAUUGAACUGCCAUCACCACGGAAACCGGCCCCUCUCACACCAAAACAGGGCUCACUCUAUCACGAAAUGGUUAUUGAGUCAUCUGAUGACCUCAGCAGCACUGUGUCAGACAUCCUGGCUCGGAGGAUGCAGGAGCUAGAGCUCCGCAGCCAGCUGGGCACCUCCCCCACCUGGAUGUCUUUGUUUGAGGAGAACAAUCCCAAAAGCGCUUGCCGCCCCCGCCCUUGUACUUCUCGCCUUUCUGGCCACAGCCCCUGCACCCCUCAUCGACUGCCCCGGAGCCCUGCGAGCCCUCACCGCUGCCCACAGCUGAGUCUGCUGUCCUCCGACGCAAGCUUGACCUCAGACAGUGACAGCCACUGCAGCACCAGUCCCUGCUUUCACCGCCACGGCUGGCCCGAGCCUUCUCCAAACUUCUCUCUCUUGUCAUCUUCCCCCUCCCGCCUGAGGCCACGCACUCUGUCACUGGAUGCUAAGCUCAGCACCCUUCAAGGCAGGGGGUACAGAGGAGGAGGGACCCUCCAAUGCCUCUGCCAGUCUCCUCCCUCCCUGCUGCACGGCCCACUCCCCGUCUCCUCUCGUUCACCUCGGUCGCAGCGCAGCACACAGACCACGCUCUCAUGCUCCAGCUCCACUUCCAGCAACAGCUCCAGCAACAGCGAGGGCAGACACAGCCCAGAGUCAUCUGACGGAGCCCCCUUCUCGAGGCCCUCCCCGGCUCGACGCAGCCUCAGGAACCUCAGGGCCAGACUUGAUCCUCGCAACUGGCUCCAAAGUCAAGUGUGAACUUGUGCUGCCUGACAGACAUUUUGCACUGCCCUAAAGGCAACAGUGCUCAUUAAAACAUGGUUUAACUGGCUUAACAUAUGUGAACCACCCUCAGGCAGUCUGCUAGGCAACAUGCACAGCCCUGAGGAGGAUAAGCUGCCUCUAUCCUGCCUCCUGGUGGAGGAUGGAUCAUGGAAGACCCUCCUGGGGCAAACUGGAAUGUCUUCUAACACAAAGGACAGGUGACAAUCACUGCAGGCGACUGCACUUUGCCACAAUUCUGAAGAUGGUCCAAAACUAAAUGGGAGGUACUCUGCUUGCUUUGAAAGAUUAUUAUGUUCAUGCUGCUUGGGAGAAAGUGAUGCCAAGAACUAAGGACUUGUUCCGAUUAACACGCCACACUGGGCCCUACUGCCUGUCCUUGGACUCCAAUACUGAAACUAGAAUUCUUUUUGUUUUUUCCUCCACAUCAGCCAUCCUGGCCACUCGUACAAUGUUUCAAAAUCAUCUCUAUAAAUGCACGUGCAGUAUUUUGACUGGAGGUUUCCUAUCAAUAUUUUAUAAAUAAAGGUUUGCAGUGAUUUAAGCUAUGAAAGCCAGUGAGCAUGUGGCAAGAUGAACAUAAGGUAUAAUCAUUUUCAAAUGUUAGAAAGUGUAAGUGUGGAGGGAAGGGUUGGUGUCUGUUGUCUGUACUGUGAUAUCUACUUCAGUGUACGCAUCUAAUUAUUCAUAAAGGUUUCUCCUAAAAAUUACUAUGCACCAUUUUUGUUUUCUUUUUUGCAUGAUUUGACAUUUCAAAUGUUGAACUACUUGAGAUCAUUUCAACAAUGAAUCUGGUGAAAGCUUAACUUUAUGCAAGUGCUCAUACACACUGUACUGGUUAUUACUGUGAUCUCUUCAGGGUAGAAACCUGUGCUCUGGUCUUAACUUCACACAUUUAUCUGCACACUAUUGACAGGCAGACGUAGGUAAUACAUCAUGACAUACAUAGAACAAAUACUAGAAUACAAUUCAAUUACUGGAUUCAAAGCUGAAGUAUUAUUGAGAUCCCAGGCCUUCACUGCAGUACGCUGGGCUUCUUUAAGAAUCUCAGUACCUGAAUUUCCAAUAAAAUGUGAAACAUCCACAAAUCAUAUAUUAUGCAACACAGAAACAUUUCUUAGAGUUUUUUUUUUUUUUAAGGUGGCUGUAUUAUAGGAUUUUUUUAUAAAGCAACUCCAGUCAACAAUUAGGUCAUAGUAAGAGCAAGAAUACAAUAGUUUGUUUCCCCGGCCACUGGUGUAUUUCAUUUUGUAAGUUGUGUAAGAAAACAAUCAUCUGACUCGAGGCGUCCAUGUGAAAACAAAUCUUAUUGGAGAGUCCGUGUCUCUGUCAUUGCAGUAAAACCUCUUCUUCUCUUACUAUAUUGUUUACUGUUUUUGCUUUUCUUUGAUUUUGCUUUGGUAACUGUUUCCCUCUUGUGGCUCAGAACUCGGGCAACCAUUUUGACUAAUUUAAAACUGUCAAAUGUUUGAAAACGGCAUUUGUUACUGUAAAAUAUUUUUUUUUCAAUUAACAAAUAAACCUCCUCUCUUUGUCUUUUGUUA